CAAGGACAAAGAAAGGUUAAGGUAAUGGAGGUCUCCAGUGGGGCGAUGAGCCCUGUCCUCCGUAAGCUCGGUGAGCUGCUUCUCGAUGAAUACAACCUUGGGGAGAAAGUGAAGAAAGGUGUAAAAUCUCUCCUUACAGAGCUGGAGCUGAUGCAUGCCGCCCUUCGUAAGGUUGGCGACGUGCCAUCGGACCAGCUCGACGAGCAGGUUGUGAUUUGGGCUGGCAAGGUGAGAGACCUCUCCUACGAAAUGGAGGAUGUUGUUGACGACUUUCUGGUCCGGGUGGAUCAGGGUUCAAGCGGCGAGCCAAUGACCAUGAAGAGUCGAGUCAAGAAAUUUCUCAAAAAGACGAGAAAAUUAUUUAGCAAGGGAAGAGCACUGCAUCAGAUAUCCGGUGCCAUCCAGGAAGCUCAGGGUCUUGCCAAGGAGUUGGCGGAUCUGCAUACAAGGUAUCAGAUUGACAUGACUAGCACUAGCAAUGGUGCUACCACUAGCAAUGGCGCAACAAUUGACCCUCGUGUGAUAGCUCUGCACAAGGAUGUGGAGAAGCUUGUUGGCAUUGACCGCGCAAGGAAUGAUCUUAUCAAAAUUCUGAUUGGUGAGGACGGGAGUCCCAAGGAACAACUGAUGUCAAUCUCUAUUGUUGGUGUUGGUGGGUUGGGCAAGACAACCCUCACCAAAGCAGUGUAUGAGAAGAUCAAAGCUCAAUUUGAUUGCGCGGCUUUUGUCCCCGUGGGUCAUAAACCAGACAUCAAGAAAGUUUUUAAAGACAUCCUCUAUGGCUUUGACAAAGAAAAGUUCAAAGACGUCCAUAAUACAACAAGGGAUGAAAAGCUACUCAUAGAAGAAAUUGGUGAAUUCCUUGUGGACAAGAGGUACCUCAUUGUAAUUGAUGACAUAUGGGAAGAAGAAACAUGGAGAUAUAUCAAUUGUGCUUUGUAUAAAAACAGUCUCUAUAGUCGGGUCGUCACAACUACCCGCAACAUGAAUGUCUCGGAAGCAUGUGCCUCUUCCGGUGACGACAUGAUUUACAAAAUGAAACCUCUUUCUUUUGAAGACUCUGAAAUACUCUUCCAUAGAAGAAUAUUUCAAAGCGAGGAGAAAUGUCCACAUGAUUUGCUUGUAGUAUCGACAGAGAUAUUAAAGAAAUGUGGUGGUGUACCAUUAGCGAUUAUUACUAUAGCUAGCCUCCUGGCUAGUAAACAAGAGAUAAAUGAAAAAGAUGAGUGGUCGCAUUUGCUCGCUUCAAUUGGCCGUGGAGUUACAGAAGAUGCAAUUCUGAAGGAUAUGAAGAGGAUAUUGUCACUCAGCUACUACGAUUUGUCCUCUCAUCUGAAGUCAUGCUUAUUAUAUCUAAGUAUAUUUCCAGAAGAUUUUAUGAUUGAGAAAGAUUGGUUGAUAUGGAUGUGGAUAGCUGAAGGCUUUAUCCAAUGUGACAAAGAAGAAAGUAGGUUAUUCAAGAUUGGAGAGCAUUAUUUCAACGAACUCAUUAAUAGAAGCUUGAUCCAGCCAACAUUAAUCAAUGGUGAAGGAAUGGUAGUAGCUUGCCAAAUACAUGAUAUGGUACUCGAUCUUAUCUGCUCAUUGUCAGCUGAAGAAAAAUUUGUCUCCAUAUUGGAUCGUGCUGAAAGGCAUGCAAGUAAUCUGCAAUGGAAAGUUCGGAGGUUAUCGCUACAUAAUAGCAAGGCAAAGUUUCCCAACCAUCGAUUUGAUAUCACUAGCCUGUCAAAAUUGAGGUCCUUUGUUGUUUUCUCUCCCGCUACAUGUGAUUGGUUGCCAUCCCUCUCAAGCUUGCAGUUUUUACGUGUAUUGGAUCUUGGAAAUUGUGGCGGCCAUGAAAGUAUCUCCUGUAUCAGCCUCAAGUAUGUCGGGAAUUUGCUUCACCUAAGGUACCUAGGGCUAAAGAAUGCAGAUGUUCACGAGCUUCCCGUGGACAUUGGAAAGUUACAGCUUUUGCAGACAAUAGACAUUGAGGGAACUAGAAUAGAAAAGUUACCUGCAAGUGUUGUUCAUCUAACACAUUUGAAAUGCCUAUGUGUUGAUAAAAGAACAAGGCUACCAAAAGGAAUGGGGCUCUUGACAUCUCUUGAAGUGCUGAAAGGGGUAAACAUAUCCUUAUCGCCUCACAUUGUGAAAGAGCUGAGCGAACUGACCAAGGUUUGGAUGCUCUCAAUUGACUGGUCUAAAAUGGAUGUGGAUCUGACCAAUGUGUUAAUCAAGUCCCUAGGAAAUCUGCUAAAACUGCAAAUUCUGGAGAUUUGGAAUGGUUGCAGAUUGAUAGAUCUCAUGCGUGAAGGCUGGAUGCUCCCUCCACACCUCCAUAAGUUUGAGUCAUGGGGAAACUGGAGUAAAUGUGCGGAUUUGUUUUUGAGACUACCAAAGUGGAUUAAUCCAACGUCACUUCCUGUUCUCUCCAGCCUGAUAAUAGACGUGGAAGAACUGCAGGGGGGAGACAUUCAGAUCAUUGGGAUGCUGCCUGCUCUUCGUUUUCUUUGGCUGGGUGCAGUUCGCGUGAUGGGAAAGUUGGUUGUGGGCGCCGAUGCCUUCACAUCUGCGAGAGAGUGCAGAUUCAAGGGGUUUCCGGUGACACCAUGUCUUUUCCCACCUGGAGCUAUGCCAAGGCUUCAGCGCCUUAGGUUCGAGGUCUCAGCGCAAUUAAUCGCAAGUGGUGAGGUUGACUGCGGCAUGGCGCACCUUCCUCUGCUCGAGCUUGUGUGGGCUAUGCUUCAGGAUGAUAAUUCCAGCUAUGAGCAGAUCGGCAAAGCCAAGGCUGUGUUGAGGGGUGCAGCGAACGCUCAUCCGAAACAUCCCAUCAUGGUCAUCAUAUUGUAG